AUGUUUGAGGAUAGCAUCAACCGUGACGAAAACCUCAUAGUUCUGGCUCAGGGUCAGGCUACCCUGUCCAUACCCUUUGCUGCUCCUGAGUUCGUUCGAGAUGCCAUAGAGGACUACUUUUCCAAGGACUCAGACACCAUUCGCUACAACUACAGCCGGCUCAACGGCAUGGUGCCUGAAAAGACAAGCACAUUUUCAUGGGAUUACCCCAAAAAAUCCACAAACCUAGAUACAGACUUCCAUCACUACAACUUCGACGUGGACAUCUUGACCCGAUGGUUCUCUCGAGAAGUGCUACGCAUGUUUGUGCCCAUAAUCUACUUCCAAGACUGCCGCAAAGAGCGGAUGGAGAAACGUGCUGCUGCACUUACUGCCAAACCGGUGCCCACAUUAGCCGAGCUAGAUGUAUGUGCCAAACUACGAGGCAAGGGCUACUGGAACCGUAAAGGAGAGUGGUUCUGCACUACUCGAGAUGUUGCCCGCAAAGGCGAUCAACAUGGAGCGAAGUUCUUCAGCACAUACAACGAGUGGGCUCGUUGGGAUGCAAAACUAGACGAAGCCAUUCGUGAAGCCAAGUGGAGCGGUGAUAGCGAUACUUUGAAGCAGCUACGGCUCGCACGAAACGGCUCAUAG